AUGAAACCAGCAGGUUAUGGAGAAGAACAGUGGAGUAAGGAGGACUGUCUGGCCCUGUUGGACCGGAUCCGGACCCUCCUUCCUGAAGGAGACACCAUGAAGUAUAAAACCACGGAGUCGCACUUCGACUGGGACAAAGUUGGUUUUGGACAGUUCUCUGGAGACAUGUGCCGGCAGAAAUGGCAGAAGGUCUCCUCGGAGGUUCGGAAGUACAGAACGAUGACGGAACUCAUCGUGGACGCCACAGAGUUUGUGAAGAACCCAUACAAAGGCAAGAAACUGAAGACCCACCCGGACUUCCCCAAGAAGCCCUUAACUCCAUACUUUCGCUUCUUCAUGGAGAAACGAGCCAAAUAUGCCAAAAUCCACCCGGAGAUGAGCAACCUAGAUCUGACCAAGAUCCUGUCCAAGAAGUACAAGGAGCUGCCGGACAAGAAGAAGCAAAAGUACAUCAGUGAGUUCCAGCAGGAGAAGGAGGACUUUGAGAGGAACAUGGCUCGGUUUAAGGAAGAGCAUCCAGAGCUCAUGGAGGAGAGGAAGAAGACCGAUCUGCCAGAAAAACCCAAGACCCCCCAACAGCUGUGGUACAACCACGAGAAGAAGACCUACAUGAAGCUGCAUCCAGAGGUGAGUCAGAAGGAGCUGAAGGAGGCCCUGAGAAGACAGUGGUCCCAACUGUCCGACAAGAGGAGGCUGAAGUGGAUCAGCAAGGCCCUGGAGCUGCAGAAAGACUACGAGGACAGUAUGAGAACAUACCACGAAGCCCACCCAGACGUCCACUCAGAAGACCACGUCCGCUCUGUCCUCACCAAGGCUGAGAGACAGCUGAAGGACAAAUUUGAUGGACGACCUACCAAACCCCCACCGAAUGGGUACUCGCUGUACUGCGCCGAGCUCAUGGUGAACAUGAAGGACGUCCCGAGCACAGAGCGCAUGGUGCUCUGCAGCAAACAGUGGAAGAUGCUGACACAGAAGGAGAAGGACAUGUUUCAGAAACGCUGCGAGCAGAAAAAGAAGCAGUACGACGUGGACCUGCAGCGGUUCCUGGAGAGUCUUCCAGGAGAAGAGCGAGACAGAGUCCUGUCAGAGGAGAAAAUGGGUGGGGCCAAGUUGAAUGUGGGCGUGGCCUGUAGCCCACACAGAGCCAAGUCUCCAUCAGUAAAGGAGCGCUGUCGGGAAGCCGAGCUGGAGCCAUGGAUCCCAGCUGGACAGCCCAAAGACAGACGGGACGGGACAAAGACAGCAAGGCUUCCAGAAACGCCCAGAACCGCUGAGGAGAUGUGGCAACACAGUGUGAUUGGAGACUACCUGGCUAAAUUCAGAAGUGACCGCAGGAAGGCCCAGGCAGCCAUGGAGUCAGCUUGGAAGUCCAUGGAGAAGAAGGAGAAGAUUCCUUGGAUAAAGAAAGCAGCAGAGGACCAGAAGCGUUACGAGAGGGAGCUGUUUGAGAUAAGGACGCCUGCUGCCAGUCAGAGGAAGCCCAAGUUUGACGGUGAACCAAAGAAGCCUCCGGUGAGCGGGUAUCAGAUGUUCUCCCAGGAGCUCCUGACCAAUGGUGAACUAAACCACUUCAGCCUGAAGGAGCGGAUGGUGGAGAUUGGUAAACGCUGGCAGAAGCUGAGCCAGAGUCAGAAAGACAAGUACAAGAAGCUGGUGGAGGAGCUGCAGGUGGAGUACAAGGCUGAACUGGAGGCCUGGGUGAAGUCACUGUCGCCGCAGGAUCGGGCCAUCUAUAAGGAGUUCUCAUCCUCGAAACGUCGCAGCACCACUAAAGCCCGCUCCAGUCCAGUCACUAAAGUCUGCGUGACUGCGAAGGGGAAAGCAGCCGGAUCGAGGGUGGUGCCACCUGGGGUCAACGUGGGCAAGAAGGCGAUGGCGUAUCGCGCCAAGCAGGACAUGUCCGACUCAGACGAGGAGAAGAGCGAUUCAACGGAGUCUGACGAAGAUGACGAGACAUCAGGAAGCACAGAGAGUGAGGAUGAAGACGAGAAUGACGAGGAUGAUGAUGAUCAGACGUCCUCAGAGGAAUCCAGCGAUCUGGACUCAGAUUAGCUCCACCCUCUUAAUGUAGAGGACAGGCUGUGCAGGCCACGCCUCCUCACCUGCCCAUCCAAGGCAGUGAGAUGUGACGUGGGUGGAGCUUGAUGAUUUUGUUACCUGAGUGUUGUUUUUUUAAUCCAUUGUUAGUUUUUAUUUGAUGGAUGUUUCAAAAAAUGCUAUUUUUUCCGGUCAAAGUUUUGAGGGUGGGGCUUGUACAGACAGUGAAGGGGCGGAGCCUGCAGGUUAGUUACCUCUGAGGGACAAGUCAGUGUUGGGU